UGAUAAAUCAGCUGGAUUAAAUUGUCAUUGUCAAUGUCAUUAAAUUCUUAAGAAUAUUAAAGUUAUCAAAAGAUAAAUAAACAGGUGACGCACAGAAGAUCUUUCACAUGAAAGUAUAAUUGUAGAAAAAGGGGUGGCUUUUCUACUUAUAUAUAUUUCUUAUAUACAUCUUAUCACUAUAAAUACAAUGAGUACGUUAGAUGAGAUUGAAGAGGAAGCGAAAGCAGCUGCUGAAAAAAUGGUCAUGAACAUGAUGCAAAGACCUGGCCAACUAGAAAAAGUAGAGCAAUACAAAAAGAGAAUAACACACAAGAAAGCAUCAAUAGAAGCUCAACUUAAAUCAGCAGUUCAAGGCAAAUUGGAUGGAGUGAGUGUUGGCCUCGAACAACUACAGGAAUGUCUUGAUGAUGUCCAACAGAUCAGUUUAAAAAUGGAUGAACUUGAGGAGCUUUUUAAAAGUGUUCCGCCACUUGUGGCAUCACUCCAAGCAGUUAGAGAAGAGGAUUCUCGCCAUUCGCAGUAUGUGACUGCUAUGGACAGCCUGAAGCAUAUAUUCACUGUUCCCGAAAGUGUGGCCAAAACUAAACAGUGGAUUGGUGAAGGAAAGUUAUUGCAUGCUCAUCAGUGCCUCACUGACUUGGAAAACUCAAGAGAUGAUUUAUUAUAUGAACUACAUAGAUUACCAAACCAAUCUUCACAUGACAAGAUAAUGUUGAAGGCAUAUUUUGAAGAUGUAGAAAUGGUAUCUAAUCUGCUAGAAAAACAAAUCAAGUUGAUUUUAGCAAGAACUUUAAACACAGUGCGUAAAGAACCCACUGUUAUUGUGACAGCACUAAGAAUUAUAGAGAGAGAAGAGAAAAAAGAUCAAAUGGCUUUACAGCAACAAACUCAAUCAGGUUUCAUGCCUCCUGGCAGACCAAAAAACUGGAGAUCCAAAGCUUUCGAAGUGCUAGAAUGUGCAGUUGCUCAACGAAUAGAGGGAACUCGUGUGGAUGAAAGAGAAGACAAUAAACUGUGGCUGAUAAGAUACUUGGAGCUAACUCGGCAGUUGAUAUUAGAGGAUCUAAGGGUUGUAAAGACACUCUGUGUUCCCUGCUUUCCUCCGCAUUAUGAUAUUGUCAAUAAAUAUGUUGACAUGUACCAUACAUGUUUGUCUACAAGUCUUCAAGACCUGGUUCAAAACGGUUUGGAAGGCAAUGAAUAUGUGACAUUGUUGUCAUGGAUUUUGAACACUUAUCCGGGACUUGAAUUAAUGGGCAGUGAGGAAUUGAAAAUCGAUGUAUCCGUUUUACCUCCAUUACUUAGUGAAGAAAGUAUGCAGAAACUGCAAGAGGAAUAUUUACAAAAAAUGGAGUGCAACUACAUGGAGUGGAUGGAGAAGACGCUGGAGGCGGAGCGCGCGGAGUGGGGCGGCGAGCGCGCGCCCGACGCGGAGCCGCACUCCGCCGCCUUCCACACGCACGCGCCCGUCAUCAUAUUCCAGAUGAUAGACCAGAACUUGCAGGUGACGGAAACUAUAAGUAAGGAGAUAACGUUCAAAGCGUUAUUGUUGAGUAUUGACCAAGUGACCCGCUACGGGAACAUGUAUCGGGAGGGAGUUAUUCAGUUUAAGAAAAGCCACUUCGCGGACCGGUCGCGCGUGGCGUACUUCACGCACCACAUGAUCACGAUAGUGAACAACAGCGAGCAGCUGGCGCGGCUGGCGCAGCGGCAAAAUUCGGGCGCCCUAAUUUUGAUGCCCUAG